AUGAUGAGGGAUAAUGGAAAUGUGUGGGGCGAGAUUGUUGAGAAAUAUGGACUAUUUGAGACUAAGAUUGAAGAUAUUGCUUGCACUAAUGCGCUUAAUGUUGUGUUGAACUUUAGGUUUCAACAUGUUUGUAGCAUGAAUAAGAGUCGAGAACUAGGGUUUCUAGGAUUUGCUGAUACAUUCAAGAGUAUUCGAGUGUGGGUGGAGAGAUUGAGGGACAUGAAAAUCAUACCAUCAACAAGCAGUUAUAAUUUAAUAAACGAUUUAAUAAAGGAUGUACUUGAAUUCCUGGUUGUUUCUGCAAACUCUUUUUGUUUUUUGGCUAAUCCUUUGAAAAAUCCCACUUUUCAGCUCCAAUUCAUUUGCAUCCGACCAUACAAAAUUACCAAUUCACAUGAACUGAUACAUGCAUUGAAAAACCGUCGAGAAGGCAACUAUUAUGAUUUAGCGUUGAAAUUGGAUAUGUCCAAGGCAUAUGAUAGGGUAGAAUGGCAAUAUUUGAGACAUAUGAUGACAGUGUUAGGAUUUCCUCUUGUGUGGAUCGCUUUGAUUAUGGAAUGUGUUAUGACUGUAUCAUACUCCAUCAUUAUUAAUGGUGAGCCUAGGGGGUAUUUUCAUCCAUCGCGUGGUUUAAGACAAGGUUGUCCGCUAUCUCCUUAUUUGUUUCUAUUCUGCACAAAAGGGUUUAACAACCUUCUUCACCAAUAUGGAGUAAACAAUCAUCUUCAUGGUCUGCGUAUUAGUCGAGCUUGUCCUCGAGUCUCACAUUUAUUUUUUGCAGAUGACUCACUAGUAUUUUUCAGAGCUUGUUUAGAAGAGUGUGAUCAAUUUAUGGAAAUACUGCAGUUGUAUGGAAAUGCUAGCGGACAAUUGAUAAAUCUGCAAAAAUCAGCGCUAUGUUUUAGUAAAAAUACACCGGCUGAACUGUCUAAUAUGAUUGUUCAAAAAAUGAAGGUUGGAAGUGUGGGACUUGAGGAUAAAUAUCUCGGGCUGCCAUCUUUAGUAUCACGUUCAAAAACAGAAACAUUUUCAGAAAUUAAAGAUAAAGUGGCUAAGAAAUUACAAGGAUGGAAACGAAAUACACUGUCAUUUGCAGGAAAAGAGACCUUGAUCAAAGCAGUUGCUACAUCUAUGCCAGUCUAUACAAUGUCAUGUUUUUUAUUGCCUCAAUCGUUAUGUCAAGACUUAAGUAGACUAGUAGCACGUUUUUGGUGGGGACAACGAAAUUCAGAACGGAAAAUUCAUUGGCUUAAGUGGCAAAAAGUUUGUAGGAGUAAGUACAGAGGUGGACUUGGGUUUAGAGAUUUUCAGGCUUUUAAUAUUGCAUUAUUAGCAAAGCAAGGUUGGCGUCUUAUAAAUGAGAAGAAUACAUUAUUGUAUCAAAUUUAUCGCGGCAAGUACUUUCGAUCUACUGAUUUCAUACACGCUUCUAUAGGAGGAAGACCAUCAUGGGCAUGGCGUGGAUUAUUAGUGGGUCGUGAUGCCAUUGUUUUAGGACUACGGUGGCGGGUUGGUACCGGAGGAAUGAUUUCGAUUCGUGACGAUCCUUGGUUACCAACAGAAUUUCCAUUUAAGCCUUGUAUAUUGCAGAAUGCCCCAGCAGAGGUUCAACGAGUUUCAACAUUGAUAUUAUCGGCUCGAGGAGAGUGGAAUGUGGAAUUAGUUAAAAAAACAAUUUCAGAAUCUGAUUGUGCUGUGGUCCUCUCUAUCCCGGUGUCAAAGAGUUUUACUGCAGAUAAGUUAAUUUGGCACUAUACACGUAACGGGAUCUUUUCGGUUAAAUCAUGCUAUCAUUUAAUAUAUGAUACAUGUUUGGACAUGGAAUUACAAAACAUGGGUAACUUUGGCUCGAGUACAAUUAAUUCUCCAGAUUGGAAAUUUUUGUGGACACUAAAUUGUCCUCCAAAACUAAAACACUUCCUUUGGAGAGCUUUGACGAAUUGUCUUGCAGUCAAAAUGAAUUUGUUUCGUCGUAUGCCAAGUGUGGAUCCGAUAUGUCCUGUCUGUACUCAAGAUGAGGAAAUUAUAGUACAUUUAUUUGCACUAUGCUCAAAGGCUAGACAGACUCUUGAAUAUUGCAUUUAUAGUGAGAUAAUUAAGAAGGAAUUAUUUGGUGAAAUUGGUAAGUGCAUGGUAGAUGAAGAAUCAAAAAAAAAAUUUCCUUUAAUUGUCUUUUCCAAUUACCAAGUUUGGUUUGAAUCGAUUUUCGGAUUACAUUCAGAAUUAUUGCCUCAUAGCUCUUUUGUAGAGUGGUGGAACGCGUUAACGCAAAGUUUGCUUCAUUUGGGAAGAACUAAAGAAGAUUUGGUAAUAUGUGUUUUUAUAAUAUGGCAAAUUUGGAAAGCGCGUAAUGAAGCGGUAUUUCGAAAAGACCAUUGGCCAGCAUCGUUGAUUAUCACAAAAGCGUCUGCAGACCAACAAGAGUAUAUUUUGGCAAUAAAAAAGACAUCUGCAAUACACAACAGGCAAAGUAUUUCCAUCUCUACAUGUGUCAAUAAUUCUGUUUGGUUACCGCCACCGAUUGGAUUUUACAAAGUCAAUUUUGAUGGUGCUAUAGAUUUGAAUAAACAUAUAGGGGCUAUUGGCUUUGUAGUUCGUGAUAUUACAGGUAAAGUCAUCUUGGCUAGGGUCCGGCGUUUUCCUAGUGUAGUGAAGCCAUAUGUGGUAGAAGCGCUGGGAUUACGAACAUCAAUGGAGGAAUUGCUGCAAACAGAUUAUCAUCAUUUAAUUUUUGAAGGUGAUUGUCAGGUUCUUAUUAAUGCAGUUAAUUCCUCCUGUACCGACGACAGAGAUGCUGGAGUGGUCUUAAUUGAUAUCAUUAGCCUAAUUUUUCAAUUCUCAGAAGUUAGAUUUCAGUAUGUCCGUCGUGAUUGUAAUUGGGUGGCCCACAUGGUGGCCAAACAAGCCCUUCUCGAUGACUGCUUCUGCAGUAAUCAUCAUUUACUUUUAGACUGGCUCUCUCAGUUAUGUUGA